CGACAACGGGGGGUCCGUGUGAACCGGAAAGAGGUGGAGAGGGGGGGAGACAGAGAGAGAGAGAGAGGGAGACAGAGAGAGGGGGGGAAGAGAGACCGUGGUCAGACCCUAAAGAGCUCCAGGAGGGAGCACAGCCGCCCCGCUUUCAGCCUGAAUGGGCUAGUCGGUUAGCUUAGCUUAGCAUCGUCCGACUGCUCCGCGCCGCCGACAAACUCCCGUGUUUUCCUCUCCGUACCGACACCCUCCCCCCCCCCCGCAACCCCUUAACCCCCCCACAACACCACCCCUCUCCUCCACCUUCCAGCAGUCUUGCCUCCGACGCCGCCCGGCUACAAGAUGAUGAAGUUUAGGUUUCGUCGGCAGGGCACCGACCCGCAGAGAGAGAAGAUCAAACAGGAGCUGUUCGCCUUCAACAAGACUGUGGAGCACGGGUUCCCCCAUCAGCCCAGCGCCCUGGCCUUUGACCCCAAGCUGGAACUCAUGGCCAUCGGCACAAAGUCGGGCGCCAUCAAAGUCUACGGGUCUCCCGGCGUGGAGUUCACAGGACUACACGCAGACACCACUGCCGUCACACAAAUCCACUUCCUGCCUGGACAGGGUCGCCUUCUGUCGCUGCUGGACGACAACACGAUCCACCUGUGGGAGCUGGUGGGCGGGGCCCCCCGGGAAGCGGGCGGGGUUAAGCGGGAAGGCGUGGUCUACCUGGAGGAAGUGGACUGCUGCAGCCUCCCAGGGAGACCCGGCAUUGAGAGCUGCAGCGCCACUCGGGUGACCGUCCUCCUGCUGCUGAGGUCCAGCGACCUGCUGUGCGUCGGGACAGAGGGAGGGGGCGUGUACUUCCUGGAGUUGCCCCGCCUGUCGCUGAAGGAGAACCAGACGCUGCUCCAGGAUCAGAUCAUACAGAGCCUGCCAGAUGAGUACAGAUGUGGGAAGUCCUUGGGGCCGGUGGAGUCCCUGCAGGAGCAUCCCCAGCAGGCGGGGAAGCUUCUGAUUGGCUACAGCCGAGGCCUGGUGGUCCUGUGGGACUCGACCACCCGACACGCCGAGCAGCUCUUCCUGGGCAAGCAGCAGCUGGAGAGCCUGGUGUGGGAACGCUCUGGAAGCCUUUUUGUCAGUUCCCAUAACGAUGGGGGCUACUCCGUGUGGGCCGUUGCUAACGGCAACAACGUCGUCCACCAGCCAGUGUCCUCCACCAUCCCAUAUGGUCCGUUCCCCUGCAAGGCGAUCAACAAGAUCCUGUGGAGAACCACACAGUCUGGGUCUCCGGUGGUGUUGUACAGCGGAGGAAUGCCCAGAGCCAGCUACGGCGACCGCCACUGCCUGACCAUCCAGCAGGACAAAGAACACGUCACCCUGGACUUCACGUCCCGCGUCAUCGACUUCUUCACCGUCCACUGCGUCGAGCAAGACCGAGAGUUCGACGAGCCCUCCGCGGUGGUGGUUCUACUGGAAGAGGAGCUGGUGGUGAUGGACCUGCGGACCCCCGGGUGGCCCUCCCUGCCCACCCCUUACCUGGCCCCCCUCCACUCCUCGGCCGUCACCUGCUCCUUCCACGUCUCCGGCGUGCCGCCCAAGCUGUGGGAGAGGCUGGCGAACGCCGGCCGGGCCCAGCAGGGCCGCCAACCGCCGCGCGGGAGUUGGCCCAUUUGUGGAGGGAAAAACCUCGCUCCUCCACCUAAGAACCAAGAGCUGCUGUUGACAGGGCACGAGGACGGCACUGUGCGGUUCUGGGAUGCGUCGGGCGUCGCUCUCACUCCGCUCUACAAACUGAGCACGGCCAACGUCUUCCACACUGACUGCGACCCUAGCGACGACCCCCAGGACCCUAGCGACGACCCCGACCUGCAGCAGGAGGAGGAGGAGGUGUGGCCUCCUUUCAGGAAGGUGGGCUGUUUUGACCCGUACAGCGAUGACCCCCGACUGGGCAUCCAGAAGAUCAGUCUGUGCAAAUACAGCAACAAGCUGGUGGUGGCCGGGACGGCUGGACAGGUGAUUGUCCUGGGUCUGAGCGACGAGCGCUCGGCCCACCCGGUGGACGUGUCGGUGGUCGACCUGCUGCAGGACCGGGAGGGCUUCACCUGGAAAGGCCACGACCGGCUGGAGCCGCGCCUCCUCCCCGCCUCCUUCCCGCCGGGCUUCCAGCCGCUGGUGCUGGUGCAGUGCGUCCCCCCGGCCUCCGUCACGGCGGUGGCCCUGCACGCCGAGUGGAACCUCAUCUCCUUCGGGACCAGUCAUGGGUUCGGCCUGUUCGACUACCACAGACGCAACGCCGUGCUGGCCAGGUGCACCCUGCACCCGAAUGACUCCCUGGCGAUGGAGGGCCCCCUGUCCAGGGUCAAGUCCUUGAAGAAGUCCCUACGACAGAGCUUCAGGCGCAUCCGCAAGAGCCGGGUGUCGGGCAAGAAGCGGCCCGUCGCCGCGCCCACCAGCAAGGUUCAGGAGGCCAACGCCGCCCUGGCGGAGCAGGAGGACGUGGCGCCGAUACAGCGGCGGAUCGAACCCCGGUCGGCGGACGACUCGCUGUCCGGCGUGGUCCGCUGCCUCUGCUUCGCCGACACGUUCCUGCGGGACGGCACGCACCACGGCGCCACGCUGUGGGCGGGGACCAACUCGGGCAGCGUGUACGCCUACGCCCUGGAGGUGCCCGGCGUGGGGUCGGGGCGCGCGUGCGAGCGGGCGGGCGGCGGCGGCGGCGGCGGCGAGGGUGGCGGCGGAGCGGCGUGCGUGGAGGCCGUUCUGGGCAAAGAGAUCCAGCUCAUGCACAGAGCUCCCGUGGUGUCCAUCUGCGUGUUGGACGGCCGGGGGAAACCGCUGCCGGACCCGUACGAGGCCUCGCAGGACCUCGCCAUCGCGCCCGAUAUGACCAACGCCCACUCGGUCCUCAUCGCCUCGGAGGAGCAGCUGAAGGUGUUCUCUCUCCCGAAGGUGAGCGCAAAGACAAAGUUCAAGCUGACGGCGCACGAGGGCUGCCGGGUCAGGAGGGUGGCGCUGGUGGCGUUCGGCUCCUCGACUCAGGAGGACUACUGUGAACACACGCUGGUCUGUCUGACCAACCUGGGCGACAUGCACCUCUUCAGCAUACCUGGCCUCCGACCACAGGUUCGCUACGACUGCAUCCGUAAGGAAGACAUCAGCGGCAUCGCGUCCUGCGUCUUCACGAAGAACGGACAGGGGUUUUACCUGAUCUCUCCCUCGGAGUACGAGAGGUUCUCGCUGUCUGCAAAGAUGCUCACUGAGCCGCUGUGCUCCGUCCAGCUGGACCGAGCGCUGGAGCCCACGCCGGCCAGCGAUAGCACAACGCCGCCGCCGCAGCCCAACGGAACCCACAAGAACCAGAUAGGUCAGGCUGCGGGGAGAACCGAGGAGUCCCCCAGCGCGCUGUCCUCUCCCAUCCUGGACACCCCUCUGGACUCCCCCCUCAGCUGUGCCGACCUCACCCUCGACUCCACCGGAGAAAUCACCGUGGAGGACGUCAGGGACUUUCUUACCACUGUGGACGAGGCGGAGAAUAACCUGAAGAACAUUAAAGAGGAGGAGGGACGCUCGACUGGCAUCCUCAUCAACUAGACCGUAUUCCAGGGAGGGGCUUGUGUGUCGUGGAUGGACUGGAUUUUCAGUGCUGGACCUCCAACGUCUCCCCCAUCAUCCCACGUGGAGCCUGCGACGGGCGGCUGCACCUCCUGGGAGGAAGGUCCUUCACGCGGGGGGGGGGGGAAUAGACUUUAAGGCCUGGACUCAAAGCUCAUGAUUCUGAUUUCAUGCACCGAAAUGUUUGGUUCAUCCAUCUGGAAGCGUGGGGACGAUUCUCCACACGAGACCCACCGUUGACGUUUCUGUCUUUUACUUUUCUAUCCACCGGGUUUUGUUAAUUUUUUCGGCGUGCUGGGAUGGGUCGGAGCUUCCGGUAAUUGGCGCUGUAGUGGCGCGCACAUUGUUUUCCACGCUGCUUAAUGCGAGUGACCCGUCUUCACGAAACGAGGGAGGACUACGGGGCGGCGUUGAGUUUGAGACGGCAAGGAGAUAAAAAGUAUUUGAAAUAUUGCAAUAUCAAAAGGAACAUCACAUGUAUAUUUUAUUUCCCCUCUUAGGUGCCAUUGAGUGCGAUCAACUGUUUUCAAAUCCGUGAGACAAUGUCAAUGUCUCACUGAUGGACGAUGAAGGUGUUUUGUAAUACGAUUGAGGUUCUAUGAUGUUUUGUAGGGCUCUGGAAAAAGUUGUGAUAUUUUAAUGACUAAUAGGAAGGAGGGGGGGGGGGGGGGUGACCAAUGAAAUCACACAGAACCAGUUGUUGAAGCGGGAAACUAAGGCGCCCCCAUGUAUGAAGGAGUAGGAGACGUAUGAAGGAGUAGAGCAUUGAAAUGACUUUAUUGACAAAUGCACGACCCCAAAUGCAAAUGCAUUUCUUUACCUGAUUGAAGAAGAUAAAAAAAGAGGUGAAGGCGGUGAAAUGAAGCACUGUUAAAUCUCCUCCCCCCCCCCCCCCCCACCCCCCUCGGUGACAUCUCAUUCAGAAACCUUUUUGACGGGAUUCGGGGAAGUGUGACGAGGGAAGUCAGUCUGAAUGCGAAGUGUAACGUACUGUGUACUGUGAUGCACCGGGCGAGUGCUGUGGUGGGUUUCUGUGAAUCGGUGCAUUGUGGGUAAUAUCAGAUAGAUGUGGAGCUUUGAUCCCCAGUAUUUUUUUAACCCUUUUACAAAAUAGUUUUACUGUGUAAAAAAAACGAAUAUAUACAGUAUCUAUAGCUAGGUUUACAGAAGGCAGGUAAAUGACGUGACGUACAGGAUAGGUCUUUGUAGAACUUGUCGUAGCCUAAAAAACGCUCAGUAUUCAAGCUUUUUGAUGCCUCACGUGAAUUAAAGUUUUUAAAAAAAGGGACCUCACUACUAACUAAUGUUACUCAACAGGUAUGAAUCACGUUAAUGCUUUUUCACUUUUGUGUUGGCUUGUUUUGGUGCUCUGGCUGACACACAAAUUAUGCUUCAUUCUACAGCUGGCAACAUUUACUUUUUUUUUUUUUUUAAUUCCACAAUUAAGAAAAAUGUGUUUCCACUCUGUCAUUCAGUUUUUGUAUGUAGGAUUUUAAUCCGGUCAUUUAGCAUUUUGGCUGAUGAAGAAAUUGUGAAUGUUAAUAAAAUGAUUUACUCUC